ACGCCCAAAUGGCGAACAACGAGACGGAUCUACAAGGAAGAAAAUACAGCGCAUAACCGUAGGUGCAUAACACACUGCAUUUCUGCGGCAUCAUGGGGGUUCACGGACUUACGAGUUUUGUGGAAGGAAAUCGUCAGUUCUUCACAGAUAUGAGACUGCGAGACUGCCGCCUUGUGAUUGAUGGGUGUAGCUUAUAUUUUCGAUUAUAUUUCAACUCUGGAUUGGAUCAGGCACGGGGUGGAGACUACGACACGUUUGUGGUGUUGGUUCGACAAUUUUUCGCAGCACUUUCUGAAUGCAGCGUGCAGCCGUUCGUCGUGUUAGAUGGUGGAAUGGACCAGACAGACAAGAAGUUCAAGACACUACAGGAAAGAGCCCAAAGCAAGAUUCGAGAGGCUAAUGCUCUUUCCCGAGGAUCGCAUGGUUGUGUUCUCCCUCUGCUUGUAUGUGAAGUCUUCAAACGGGUCCUUUCAGAGCUUGGCAUACCUUUAGUUCAAUGCAUUUCUGAAGCUGAUUUUGAAAUAGCCUCUCUUGCCAAACACUGGGGAUGUCCAGUUCUGACCAAUGACAGUGACUUCUACAUCUUCGACCUCAAAGGUGGCUACCUACCGUUUUCAUUCUUCCAAUGGAAUAACAUCAGCGGUAAGGCUACAGAACGCUACAUCCCUGCACGCCAUUUCACCGUGACCCGCUUCUGCUCACAUUUCAACUACAUGAACAAGCAGCUCCUCCCUCUAUUUGCUGUUGUCAUGGGGAACGACUACACACCUGCUAAAAUAACCGAGGUUUUUUUCAGCCGCGUGGAAUUCGAAAGAGUACCCUCCGGUCGGAAGUAUGGACGUUCCAGUCCUCGAGUCGAGGGCUUUUUGCUCUGGCUGUCACAGUUUACCAGCCCAGUAGAUGCUCUGGACGAAGUCCUGGAGAUUUUGAGUGAACAACGGAAAGGAACCUUACGUACGCAGCUCUCCGCAGGAAUGCAGGACUACCAGCUUCCUCACAGUAGCAGUUUGGCUCAAUACUUCUCAAGUCCCCAACCUGCACUUCCAGAUGCCCAGGGGCUCCCAGCAGCACUGGUUUCUCAACCCGAAUGGCUUUUAAGGAUGGUUGCAUCAGGUAGGCUGUCGUCCUUUGUCUUGGAUGUGCUUGUACACCAGAAGGUUCUGCUGGUUGCACAGGUGGAGAAUAGUCACCUGCCUAGCAGUCAUACAAGCUCAGUGAGUAUCCGAAAGACCAUCUACAGCCUUCUGCUUGAAAAGGCAAGACAGGAUAGUCAGACACCACAGGGAGUCACCCAUAGAGGAAGAGGAAGGGGAAGACAAUCUCAGGGUAAAGGAGGACAGCAAUGUGACAUCCCAUGUGUUGAUGAGUAUGACAGACAAGAACUUAAUCUCAAGAAAAACACAGUGGAGGCUCCCCGACCCAACUGUGUGCCACAGCUGACUCUUGCAGCAAUUGACAAGGCGUCUACACAAGUGAGGCUGCAGGUGUUGUUGGGAACACUCGGUGUGAUGGACAGUGUUUUACAGCCUUUACCCCCUCAUCUUUGCCUUCCUGUGUGUGUGACGUAUUUCUGGAUGAACAACUGUAAACCAAAGCCCAGUCAUCCUCUACUGCAGGCCAUAUUGUUGGGACUAGUGUACGGGGAACUCAGCUGGAGAAGAGCCCAUCCUAAUGACCCACUAUUUGGCAGCAAAGCUUCUGCUUCUGUAUGUCAGAGAUUAUCUCAGCUAAGGGUCAAUCCAGGACAAAGGAGGGGCCUUGAUCUGGGUCUGGCCCAUUUGCUCAGCCAGUGGCAGUCAUGUAUGUGGGUGGCGUUGUUCCUGAACCAGUUACUGUGCUUCCCGCUACCUGAACCUCAAUGUGCCUGGGUUUUCAGUGGCACUCUGCUGCAUGGUCUUGAGGCUGCCAUAAGAGGGGGUCACCAAUGUGAGUCUCUGCUUGCAGGGGACGCUGUUGCUUGGCAGCUCUACUCCAUCCUGCUUGAGGCAUUGAUGGGUCCUGCAGUAUCAGCAGCAGCAAGCAGGGGUAGAGGAGAGGAGCAGAGACAGGCACAGCAAAGAGGGAGGGGCCAUGGUGGGAGAGGGCGGGGCAAUGCAGGGAGAGGGCGGGGCAAUGGGGGAGGAAGGAGGGGCAACAGAAACAGAGCAAUGACCUCUUCAGACAAUGCUUUGGACAACAGAUUUGCCCUGUUGACCUUUGACGAAUGGCAGCAGUGGUGGGCUUGAAAUGGGAGCGGGAAAUGAAAGAUUUGAAAGGUUAGUUUAGGAGAGGAGAAUAAAGAAUUUCAGAGAUAGAUAUGUUUUUAGCUAUGUUUUUAUGCGGCCUUUCACUUUAUAAAAGCAUGAUAUGGCUGAGGAUGUGCCACUUUUUUCCGAAGAGAGUAGCUUUUACCAACUUCAUUUCAGGAAACACAAAUUUGUUUUAUUUACUAUGAAAAUGUUUUACUAUGAGAGCUGUUAUACAUGCACUAGGUUAAUCUAUUUUGCAGCUACAUUAUGAAAAUGGGCUGUUUAAUGUAGCCUUUUAUACUAUUUAAUGGAAUUAACUUUUAUGAAAAAGAAUGUAGAUUUUGUAUAUUAUCAAAUGACUCUUUUGGGACCAAUGCCUUUUUAUUAAAUAUUUAUGGUGAUAAUUUGCUAGUACAAUUAAUGUUUUUAAUUGGAGCAGAUUCCUCUCCUUAAUUAUGUGAACCUUGAUUAUUGUGUCAUUGAGACACCAAUAUGGUGUAGAAACCUUCAGUGUCAUUCUGUUUCAAAACGGCACACAAUCUCUUGCUUCCUUGCGGUCGCUCUCUGAAAUUACCUGCAGACUGAAAUUAAGAGCCAAAUUAUCAAGUGCAGUUUUAUUGGGAAGUCUUAUUGUGCUCUAGUGGAUGUCAAUCAAGGCACAUCCUUACAAGAGACUUGUCUUAAUUUUCAUAUCUCUUGACAGAAGUGAGUGUUUUUUGCCAUAAAUAGGAUGUACUGGCUUGAGGUACAUUUUAAUUGAGUGAAAUAUCAUUUAUUUUUCAAAGUAUUUGUUUCUGAAAUGUCUGAAUGCACUUAAACAUGAAAGGUUCUGUUGAUGAUAGGGCUGUCGCGAUUCGUCGAUUUUAUUAGACUAUUCGAUUUAAAAAAAUCC